AUGGAUAAUAUAUCCAAGUUAUCGAAGCAAAGGAAGGGAUUCUAUGUGAGGAUGAAGCUGUUACGGAGCAGACACGGAAAGGCAGAAAAUUAUUUCUUCUUCAGAUACUUCAAAUGGAUUCUCUGGGUUUCUCUCUCGUUUUACUUCUUUGCUACAUCCAUCGGUAACCACCGUCCGGCGACGCAAUUGGGCUCGAUCUCCGGUGUCCUCUCCCACGCUGCUGUCCGUCUGCAGCCCAGAUCUUUGAUGCAGUUGAGAGUGUACGUAUACGAACUUCCGUCCAAAUACAACAGCGAUUGGAUCUCAAACGAGCGGUGUGGCAACCAUUUAUUUGCGUCGGAGGUGGCCAUACACAAAGCAUUGCUUCACAGCCAAGUACGGACAUUUGAUCCAUCGGUGGCAAACUUCUUUUUCGUUCCCGUUUAUGUUUCAUGCAACUUUAGCACCGUUAAUGGCUUCCCGGAUAUGGUACAUGCACGUGGGCUUCUAUCGUCUGCAGUUGAGCUAAUCUCAUCGGAACUUCCUUUCUGGUACAGGAACAAUGGCUCCGACCAUAUCUUCGUCGCUUCUCACGACUACGGAGCUUGUUUCCAUGCCAUGGAAGGUAGAGCCGUUGCCGAAGGCAUACCGGAGUUCAUGAAGAAUUCGAUUGUGUUACAGACGUUCGGUGUUAAGUAUCACCACCCAUGCCAAGAUGCUGAGAAUAUCGUCAUCCCACCCUACGUCUCGCCGGAAAAAGUUCAGUCAAUAAUGUCAACGUUACCGAUCACUAGUCGUCGGGACAUUUUCGUGUUUUUCCGGGGAAAGAUGGAAGUCCACCCCAAGAAUGUCAGCGGUCAAUUUUACAGCAAGCGCGUGAGGACCCAGAUAUUGCGGAAAUAUGGGAAUGACCGGAGGUUUUACCUGAGGAGGAGACGGUUCUCCGGAUAUAUGUCGGAAAUCGUACGGUCGGUGUUUUGCUUGUGUCCACUCGGGUGGGCUCCGUGGAGUCCCAGACUCGUGGAAUCAGUGGCAUUGGGUUGCGUCCCGGUGAUUAUUGCGGAUGGAAUCCGGUUACCCUUCGGAGACGCAGUGCCCUGGUCGGAGAUAUCUCUCACAGUGGCGGAAAAGGACGUCGGGAAACUGGGCCGGAUACUUGAUCACGUGGCAGCCACGAACCUCUCGGCCAUCCAGCGAAACCUGAGGGACCCGAAGGUGCAGCGGGCCCUACUAUUUAAUGAUGACGUGGAAGAAGGUGAUGCCACGUGGCAGAUCUUAAUUGCUUUAUCUGAGAAACUGGCUAGAUAG